AAUUAACAUACUCGGUACGUUGCCUAUGUGACACGUCAACAAAGGCAAACUCAUACAACUUUAAUAAAGAUGGCUGAAAAGCUUAACUUUAUCGCUAUAACAACCAUUCUCUCUCACCAGAGAGACAGUACAUUUCCUUCUGCGCCCCAAGCAAAACAAAACCGAAAAAAGAAUUAGUACCCUAUUAUUUGUAUUUAGGGACCACGGGUCUAAAAACAACAUGAGUUUACCAGUGUCUGCUCACUCUAGCGGCUCCAGUCUUUCAGGUGGACCAACCAUGAUUGGCAUGAUUCGCGCCAGAAAACUAGCGGUAAAGAUUAAGAAACGAGCGCAAUUCUUGGUAGCUGAACGACGAAGACGUGAUAAUGCAGGAACAUCCGCUGUCGUUCACAGGGAUUUCCCGAGAAAUCUCCGUAAUGAUGAUUUCUUGGGAACGUCAAAUAUGAAUGGCGGAAAACUGACUCCAAGUUCACGAGCUGCGAGUGCUGGUUCUCGAUACGGUUACACUAUCCAUCACCAAACGCAGAGUCGAGCAACGCCAAAAAACACGUAUCGCAUGGAACCCUCGAACCGGUUUUCUCACAAGAAGGUUAAAGACAUCAUAGAGGAAGCGUUUCAAGAGCAUCUGAACGAGCACUCGUACGAAGCAGAAUUCUGCAAGCACAUGACCACCAAGUUAUCAGAACUCAUAAAACAGCGAGUUAAGCACUUGGGAUUCACUCGCUACAAAUUGAUUUGCAUUGUUUAUAUAGGGCAAGUUAUGAACCAAGGCAUGCGGAUUGGUAGUCGAUGUUUGUGGAAUACAAACUUUGACAAUGUCGUGGAAGGAAGUUAUAGAAAUGGUAAUUUAUUUGCGGUGGCGACUGUGUUUGGGGCGUUUGUCGAAUGAGAUACUAUGCGUCUUGCGAUAUUGUGAUAAUGACAGCGACCUAAUCCUAACAUAUAUAGAGCCAUACAUUAGUACUAGGAAUCAUUUCAGCCGCAAAAACCGCAUCGGUUUGCCUCCAACAAUAGAUUUUAAUCGUAAUGUUCCACACAGGAAGAUCACGCCAUGAUAUUCCGCUGUGAUAUGUGAAUGUGUGUAGGGCUAGCACUAACUAAUUUGUUCCGCAAAAACUUACCUACAUUAUCACUACGUCUGUGAGUUAAUAUUCACAAAAUAUUUAUCAUACUCAUGAAAAGGAUUACUGUCAUUUGAUUAAAAAUGCUUUUUAUCUAUUUUGCUGUAAAUUAUUUUCCUUGACGUUUCUAUAGUAGAGAGCCACCUGCUGGAAGGGGAACAAAGAAAAAGAUAGGUUACAGAGCAAUGUAAUAGAUAAAGGAAUUGUAUAGUAAUAUGACAUGUGUAAAAUAUGAAAGAUGUAGAAGCUUAAGAUAAAUUUCAGUGAUAUGAAUACUCAUAACUGAACAAAAAUCGAUUAUCUCUCGUUGUUCGAUAUUUCAAGCAAUGCACGAAAUAAAUUUGUGUUUACAAA